GCAGUCAUAGGCAAUGGCACAAGUUAAGAUGCAGACUACAGCAACCUUGUCUGGACCUACCAUGUCCCCUGUGGUGCUACCCCUACCAGUUACAACUACAAGUACACUGGGUCUGCAGCCCUCAAUGAACGGAUCCAUUUCAGAAUCAGCUGCCAGCUGUAGCAGUCCUACUGCCAGCCUUGGGGAUCCUGCACCUUUGAGCACCUCACCAGCUCCUCUCCAAGAUAACAUGGCAAACCCCAAAGAGAAAACUCCAAUGUGUCUGGUAAAUGAGUUAGCCCGUUUCAAUAGAAUUCAACCCCAGUAUAAGCUUCUGAAUGAAAGAGGGCCUGCUCAUGCCAAGAUGUUCACAGUGCAGCUGACUCUCGGAGAGCAGACCUGGGAAGCUGAAGGAAGCAGUAUUAAAAAGGCCCAACAUGGUGCUGCUAGCAAAGCAUUGAAUGAAACUACCCUUCCCAAACCAACGCCUAGGCCACCCAAAAACAAUGUUAACAAUAAUCCAGGCAGUAUAACACCAACGGUGGAGCUGAAUGGUCUGGCUAUGAAAAGAGGAGAGCCCGCCAUCUACAGGCCAUUAGAUCCAAAGCCAAUUCCCAAUUAUAGAGCAAAUUAUAAUUUCCGGGGCAUGUAUAAUCAGAGGUAUCACUGCCCAGUGCCUAAAAUUUUCUAUGUCCAGUUAACUGUUGGCAACAGUGAGUUUUUUGGUGAAGGAAAGACUCGUCAAGCUGCCAGACAUAAUGCUGCAAUGAAGGCCCUUCAAGCUCUUCAGAAUGAGCCUAUUCCAGAAAAAAUACCUCAGAAUGGAGAACCAGGAAAAGAAUCAGAAGAAGAUAAAGAUGCGAACAAGUCUGAGAUCAGCGUAGUGUUUGAAAUUGCCUUGAAGCGCAAUAUACCUGUCAGUUUUGAGGUGAUUAAAGAAAGUGGACCUCCUCAUAUGAAAAGCUUUGUUACACGAGUUACAGUAGGAGAAUUCACUGCAGAAGGAGAAGGUAACAGUAAGAAACUCUCAAAGAAACGUGCUGCAAUGUCUGUCCUACAAGAACUUAAGAAACUUCCUCCUCUUCCUGUGAUUGAAAAGCCAAAACUUUACUUUAAAAAACGUCCAAAAACAAUAUUGAAGACUGGACCAGAAUACGGUCAAGGAAUGAAUCCCAUCAGUCGUCUGGCUCAGAUCCAGCAGGCCAAAAAGGAGAAGGAGCCAGAGUAUGUUCUUCUGUCAGAGAGAGGAAUGCCUCGCCGUCGAGAGUUUGUUAUGCAGGUAAAAGUAGGCAAUGAGGUUACUACUGGAACAGGCCCAAACAAGAAAAUAGCUAAAAGAAAUGCAGCAGAAGCAAUGUUGCUACAGCUGGGUUACAAAGCAUCUACUCCUCUUCAAGACCAGCCAGAAAAGCUUGGAGAAAACAAGAGUUGGAAUGGCCAGAAUGUUGGGUUUACUGAGCCAACAAGUAACACACCAAAGGGAAUUCUCCAUCUCUCUCCUGAUGUCUACCAAGAGAUGGAAGCCAGCCGCAACAAAUCAGCCCCUGGUACCACUGUAAGCUAUUUGUCCUCCAAAGAAAUGAGCCAGACUUCUAGCUCUUUCUUCAGCAUAUCUCCUACAACAAAUAGCACAGCUACAAUUGCCAGGGAACUUCUCAUGAAUGGAACGUCCCCAACUGCCGAAGCCAUAGGUCUAAAAGGAAUAUCUCCUGCUUCCCCCUGUUCUACAGUGCAGCCUUCAAAACAGCUGGAGUAUUUGGCAAGGAUUCAAGGCUUUCAGGUACACUACAGUGAUAGACAAAAUGGCAAAGAGUGUAUGACCUGUUUGACACUGAUUCCUGUGCAGAUGACUUUCCAAGGUAUCGGAAGCUCCAUUGAAGCCAGCCAUGACCAGGCAGCAUUAAGUGCCUUGAAACAGUUUUCAGAACAAGGACUGGAUCCAGUGGAAGGGGCUAUGAAAGUCGAAAAUGGAUCACAUGAAAAACAAGUCAAGCAUCUGGGAGAGAAAGCAGACAAUAAACAGACUAACUCAGGCACCAUUGCUCAGGACUGCAAGGAUUCAAAGGCUGUCGUCUAGGAGCUUCCCAGCACCCACGGCUGCCACUGCAUCCUUAUAAACCUGUCAACACGCAAUAGGGUGUAUGUGUACAAGGAAAUGAAUGACUAAUACCAUUAUUUGAGUCUUAUGUGAAGACAACACUAUUCUAACACAAGAGAUAGUAUACAUGGUACUGUUUAGUCAACUGCAGAAAAAAAUAAAAUUGACCAUUUCCCUUAGAACCCAAGAUCAGAGCAUGACCCAAUGGCCCAGAGGCAGAAGAAGUCUGAUCAUGUUACUGGAGGUUAAAAUAACAACUAAUUAAUAAACAGUGUUAGGAAGAAAAUAAGAGAAACUUUAAAAUUUAUUAAUAUUGGGGAAAACAAGUUGGCAUUGGUUCAGUUACACAAUUUUUUCGUAGUGUAGUUUUAAGUUCAGCUUACUGAUUUUUAAAUAAUGCUUGAAUAUUUUAAAAUUAACCAAUGACAGUGCUGUGAGAACUGUAGUUGUUGUCUUCAUAUAUAGUCAUACAGCUUACCUUUUUAUGCAGACAUUAUGCAUUCUUCAUUCUAUAUGAAUAUGUAUGACUUAAAGAUGCACUACUCAGAGUUGUAUGCAAACAGAAGUUUAAAUCAUGAGAAGUAUUAACUUGAACAGAUGUUAUUUAUGAUCAGUCUCGAUAUACUUCAGGAAAAAAAGCAGAUAUGGUAUUUGAUUUUCCUUGCCAUAAUCAAUUAAAGAGGCGUCUUGCCUCCAAGCAACAUUUUCCCCUUCAGUUCUGCUCUCUGUUGUGUGAAGCACAUCUACACCCCAUUCCGUGUGUUGUAUCAGCCACUGUUUGCAUCAACUGAGUGUUUUUAAUCUCUGCAUUCAGACCAAGAGCAAAAGGUAGGACUGCAACCUCAUCGAGCCGAGAAUGGAAAACUGCUGAUGUAAAGAUUGUAAUUUUGUGAGAGGAGUGGCAGCAGAGAUGAGACCUGUGGCUGUCUGUACCAACAUAUUUCUUUUAAGUGUGUGGCCAAAUGCAGUAAAACCACAUCAGUUCAUGUGUA